UCACCUACUCACUCAUCUACCCUCACAUACACAUACACACACUCACCCACUCAAUCUCGCAAACAAACACACCCACACUGAAUCCUUCACACGCUCAAGCACACACACACCGAUCCACGCUCGUCCAGCCUGAAUCUCACACGCACAUUCAUACUCACCCACACUCAAUCACACACACACACAUAAACAGCCUCACCAACCCAAUCACCCGCUCGACAUCUCACACACUCAAAUGCACCCCAGCACAUAUCGAUCCACUCACUCGUCCACACUAAAGCCUCUCUCUCACACACACACAACACAAACACACUUCCACUCAAUCGCAAGACCGACGGUCAACGCGUUAACGAGAGACUGCGACGAGGAGUCUGUGACGAGGAGAGGAGAGCGUCAUGACCCCGGGGACAGAGACGCUGCUCUUAUCACAACUACUGGCUCUUGUGUAGGACACAGCGGGACCAGAAACGUCAACAACAACAACAACAGCCACAACAACUGGGGGUGGGCGAGUGAAUGAAACGUCGCGACUUCGGCUAUCUUGGGGUUGCAAGUGUGAACUGGGCAAGAGCUGGACUGGGUAGGAGUCGCGGGGAGUUGGUGGUGAGGAGAGACGGGGCAGCGUCAUGCACCAGUGGAGGAGCAUUCUGGUGCUGGGUGGAAUGAUCCUCGUGGUGUGUUAUGCACUGCAGGAGCUGUCAGCCGGUGACUCCAUUCUGCGUGGAUGUUCUCUGCAGGUGUGUUAUGCACUGCAGGAGCUGUCAGCCGGUGACUCCAUUCUGCGUGGAUGUUCUCUGCAGGUGUGUUAUGCACUGCAGGAGCUGUCAGCCGGUGACUCCAUUCUGCGUGGAUGUUCUCUGCAGGUGUGUUAUGCACUGCAGGAGCUGUCAGCCGGUGACUCCAUUCUGCGUGGAUGUUCUCUGCAGGUGUGUUAUGCACUGCAGGAGCUGUCAGCCGGUGACUCCAUUCUGCGUGGAUGUUCUCUGCAGGUGUGUUAUGCACUGCAGGAGCUGUCAGCCGGUGACUCCAUUCUGCGUGGAUGUUCUCUGCAGGUGUGUUAUGCACUGCAGGAGCUGUCAGCCGGUGACUCCAUUCUGCGUGGAUGUUCUCUGCAGGUGUGUUAUGCACUGCAGGAGCUGUCAGCCGGUGACUCCAUUCUGCGUGGAUGUUCUCUGCAGGUGUGUUAUGCACUGCAGGAGCUGUCAGCCGGUGACUCCAUUCUGCGUGGAUGUUCUCUGCAGGUGUGUUAUGCACUGCAGGAGCUGUCAGCCGGUGACUCCAUUCUGCGUGGAUGUUCUCUGCAGGUGUGUUAUGCACUGCAGGAGCUGUCAGCCGGUGACUCCAUUCUGCGUGGAUGUUCUCUGCAGGUGUGUUAUGCACUGCAGGAGCUGUCAGCCGGUGACUCCAUUCUGCGUGGAUGUUCUCUGCAGGUGUGUUAUGCACUGCAGGAGCUGUCAGCCGGUGACUCCAUUCUGCGUGGAUGUUCUCUGCAGGUGUGUUAUGCACUGCAGGAGCUGUCAGCCGGUGACUCCAUUCUGCGUGGAUGUUCUCUGCAGGUGUGUUAUGCACUGCAGGAGCUGUCAGCCGGUGACUCCAUUCUGCGUGGAUGUUCUCUGCAGGUGUGUUAUGCACUGCAGGAGCUGUCAGCCGGUGACUCCAUUCUGCGUGGAUGUUCUCUGCAGGUGUGUUAUGCACUGCAGGAGCUGUCAGCCGCCACAGAGUGUGGAAAUGGAUUCUACAAAUCGCCACAAGGAGUCUGCUGUGAGCUGUGCCGUGCAGGGAUGCACAAAGUGGCGGACUGCAUCGGUGAUGGAUUGGGCGCCUUGUGUGAGCCGUGCCCGAGAGGCAGAUUCAUGGACAGGGACAGCCAGGAGGAGGCGUGCUCGCAAUGCAGCAGCUGUGGACCAGGCGAGGAGGUGGCUGUGAACUGCUCCGUGGCCCAGGACACGGUGUGUCGGUGCACGGAGGGGCUCCAGAGAGAUGGCGAUUCAGGAUUUUGCCUGCCAGAGGAUCCACGAUCAGACGCCAUAGUUGUCGCGUUGGCAACAAUCCUCGGCUUCGUCCUGACUGGAGUCCUGCUGUACAUAUUGUGCUUAAAGAUGAAACUGAAGGGGUCGACUUUUAAGAAGAUGUUGAAGCGUCCCGACACUACUCAUACAAAUAAUGAGCAUGAUGAAAAUCUACCGCUUGUUAUCGUGCAAAAUGAACACGAGGUGACACAAGGAGUUCAGAGGAGCAACGAGAGCAGCGAGACAAUGCAGCAGAUCCGAGUGAACAAAGAGAAUCUCAAGGCCUGGCUCGGAGCGGAUCCCUCGGCUUUCCUGGAGCAUCUCAACGGCUUCAAAUUGAUUCCACGACACGUGCACCAAGCGGCCGUCGACAAGGGCGGAGAGGAGAGUGUGGAGCUCGUUCUGGACCACUUCAUCAGCCAGGGAGAGGCACGCUGUGAGACGCUGUGGGACGCCCUCUACUCUGUGAGGAAGCAAUACGUGCAGCUGUGGAAGUGGAUUCAGUCACACGGCGAGGCGUUGAGGGCCAUUCGAGAUAAGGAGUCGGAUCUGAAGCUCUGGAUCGCCAGAGACCCGAAGCAUCUUCUGCUGCAGCUGAUGAGCCGGGGACGGAUCCCGAACGAGCUCUUCACCGAGGCCAAGGGCAUCCGGGAUGGCGCGGAGUGCGCGGAGCUUCUGCUCAACUUCUUCAUAGAGAGAGGGAAUGACGACUGCCUCAAGCUGCUCUUUGCUCUGCAGGCCGUGCAGAACGAUUAUCCUGGACUCAAGGAGUGGCUGGGAGGCCUUGACUUCCUCCGGAGACUCUCCAACAAGUCCCCCCUGGUUCUGAACAAGUACAGCGACUUUGUCCUCCGAGACAAAAUCCGCUUCAAGACGAGGGAGCUCCUCGUGGCGCUGCGCGACGACCUGACGCCUCUGCUCUCCCAACUGCAGAUCAGGAACAUCCUCACCGACAACAGCGUGCGGGCCGUGAAGGAGAUGCAAGCUCGGCAGGGCAGCGAGAAGGCGACACAGCACAUGGUGGAGCUGGUGAUGGCGAGGGGGCGACCCAGGGUCAAGCAGUUCUGGGAGGCGCUGUGGGACCUCAGGGAAAGUUACCCAGACCUGGAGAACGUCUUUGAGAAGUUCUAAUGGGUGGAACCGGAGAGAGAGAGGGGAAGACCUAACGGAGAAUGGCUUGACGAUGACCUCAUAACGAGAUUGGUGCCAGAAAGAUGAUGCGGCCACUACUUUAGCAUAUUGGCACGACAAGACAGAGAGAGAGGAAAGUGGAAACAAACCACCACCUACGACUAUGGGGAUAUCUGCCAUAUGGAUCGUGAUGAUGAUGAAUGGUGCGUGGGGGGUAGUUGUGGUCAAGUGGUUAUUGCACUGCACAAAUCACGGUGGCUAGGAUAUGUUAAUUACCCUGCCCCGUAUACAGGACGGGAGGUCGUGGGUUCGAUCGCGACCCAGACGCCUGCUGUUUAUUUUGAGUUUGCAACAUCUCUCUCCCCGUGGUCACGUGGAUUUUCAUCCAAGUCGUCCUCUUUUCCCUUCCGCAUGAAGAAUCAACGUGACGCGUUUAGAAUAUUUUGCUGCCAUAAAAUUCCACGUGAUGAUGUUGACAGGAAUUCGUUGAGCUAUCGUUUCGGAUAGCCAUGUCGCUUCUGAAUAAGAGCUACUGUAUAGCUCAUUGGGCCUGUACUGGAAAGAUAACUCAAAUAUAUAUUUUUUAUCAUUUAUGAACCCAACUGCUCUGUCUGCUUCUUCCCUGGCACCGCUCCGCUUUGUAAUUCCCUCCCGUCGUGUCAAGUUUUUGUAACAACCCUUGCCCAAUUCAAGAAAGGUAUUGUCCAUUGACAGCCACGCAGAGGAAUGUGCAUGAAUGCCGUGGAGGGGUGUUUAGUCAACGAGACCAAAUUAAUCGGUCCUAUUCAUUAAGAUUACAAACAUUCAUCAAUGGUUCAUUUAAGUUACGGUUGGCUUAUUUUAACUUUGUUUUAUUAAUUUAUAAAUAGCAUCACGAUACAUAUCAUAAUUAAUUAAUCACGGGCCAAGCAAGAUGUAUUCACUUGCAUUAGAUCGCUGCCACUUCCAGAGCAGAUCGCUUUGCCAGGCUCCCUCACUCCCAGGCCGGGGAUGCCUGAUAUGGCCAUGGUCGCCAUUUAACAAAAAAAUGGCCGCGAGUAAUCAACUCCGAAAAACAUUCGUAGAAGAUUACAAUUCUUAAUUCUAUAUUUAAAGCUUUCGUGACUGCUAGGAUCCAUACUCUUUGGUUCUAUUGGGUAAAGUCACGUAG